ACACAAUUGCCGGCUGACGCUUGAGGAAGUUACGUAAUAGAGACGGAACGGACAUGGCGGCGCUGGGAGACUUGCGGAAGGAAGAGUUCUGAUGUAUAGAGAGAGAUAUAGAUUUUGUUAAAGCUUUCCCAGCCUGUUGCAAGAACAAGGCAAUGGCAGACAGACAUCAGGAUAAGUCAAGUAUAAGGUCCACAUCCUCCUGUGAAGAGAAAAUACACAGAGAAAGGGAAAAGAGGAGACGAAAACGUAGCAGAAGUCGAUCAUCAUCUGUGUCGUCCUCUUCUUCAAGCUCCUCCUCGUCUUCAUCAAGCUCCUCCUCCUCUUCACGCUCAUCGUCAUCUUCUAGCUCCAGCAGCAGAGAUUCACCAAAAGCUAAAUCAAAGAAAGCAGCAAAAGAAAAACAUAAUAAAAAGGUAAUGUUUUUUGUGAAGCAUUUCUUUGACCUGUAGAAUUUCCUGUAUCCUGAAAAACAUUUUACAUA